AUGGCGUCGCCUUCGUUGAAGAUCCGCACGCCUGAAGAGGCUGUCGCUCGAAUUGCCUACUUAUCCAGCGACGUGAUCAUCUCUGUUCAGGCCGCUCAAUCACUCGAAUCCGAGUUCUCAUCCCAUCUGCGCCGCUAUGCCGCUCGCAAAGACAGGAGUCUUGUUGCUGCCAGCGAGGGUGGCGUUCCAGACAUUCAAACCAUCAGACACAAUGCCGACCCCUUGCUAUCCGUAUUCACCCCCAUCCGCAACGGCAAACUCGUCUCCGUGACCACCAAUUCCUCUAUCCUCCUCUCCUCCGUCCCCCACCUCUACCGACUCGCAAAUUUGCCCGUUGUGAUCCAUGUCUCCCUGCAGCCCGCGCGCUACCCCGACUACUCCUCCAUCACUGCCAUCCGCAACACCGGCUUCACAUUCCUGCAAUCCGAGACCUUGCAGGAGGCGCAGGAUAUCGCCCUGACGGCCCACGCGCUUGCCAUCAAGUCGGGCAAGGGUGUGAUCCAUUUCUUCGAUGCCGGAUCGUCGGCCGAGGAUGAGCACAUCCCUUUCGAGGAUGUGGACGUCGUCAAGGACAUCCUCAACCUCGAGGCUGUGAGACUAUUCCAGGGCGCCAGAAUUGGUGGCACCAACAUCUAUGCCGACGACGGAAGUGUCGCUACCAUUGCCGAGCACCCUAUCCCUCCAACCGAUGCCGCGGGAGCCAUUGAAGGCGUCGAGGCUGUAGCUACGCUCCCAGUCGAGCCCAGCGCGGAAAUCCCGUCAAAGGCUUCGUCAGUGGCAUCCUCAACCUCGGGUCGCAAGGGUAGCGUGGACAGCAACAGCAAGGAGAGCGUCUCCUCGGCUACGACGGUUGAAUCUGCCGCCCUCCGAUCCGUCACAUCAAAGGACGUCUACGAUUUUGUGUCGGCAAUCUGGGCCCAGCUGAAGCAGAGCGUCGGCCGUGAAUACUCCCCCUUCCAAUACACGGGCCCAUCUAAUGCCGAAGAUGCGGUCUUCAUCUUUGGCUCUGAUGUUGGAGCCUUCGCUCAGGCCAUCGAUUCCGCAAAGCCCAAUGAUAUCUAUGCGAAGACGGGCAUUGUUACUGCCCGUUUAUACCGACCUUGGUUGGGAGCAAAACUCAUUGAGACCAUCCCCAGAUCAAUCAAGCGAUUGGCAGUCCUUGAGCAAAUCCGAAGAAAGACAACGAGAUGGGGUCCCUUACUUCUGGAUUUACUCAGCACUCUCAAGGCUGGCCCCGGGGGCGGUGUUGAGACGAUUGUUGGACAUCAAUUGGGUUACAUCGCACCCGACACCGUUCAACAAGCUCUUCGUGGCAUCCUCCAGAACUUGAAGUCCGAGAAGCCCAUCCAAAAUCUCGAUGUCGGCAACGCCGACGGACCGACCGAGUCGCUCCAGGCCUACAACCUCGAGCAACCAAAGGUUGAGAGUGCUUACAUGAAGAUCCUGGACCAGAUCUUUGGUUCAAGAUUAUACCUUGCCAACGCGCUCAACUCGCAGCAUGCCGGUAUCUCUGCCACGGUCUCCUCAACCCCUGAAUUCGGGUUUGGAUCCCUCUUGGCUCGGAAGGAGCACCGCGAACGAUUCGUCAGCGAGAUUGUGAAGGCCUCGACCUCCAAGGAGUUCAUUACGGAGGCCCCAAAGACCUGGCUUGCAAAGUGGGUUGCAGCUGCUAAUGAUGAGAAGAAGGCUACCGAGUUGGCUGACGAGGUCAUCUCCCGUCUUGAGAUUGAUGGCUCUUCAUUGGCCACUCGUCUGCUGUCCAACAAAGGCCUCUUCCGAAAGGAGUCGCAAUGGCUUGUCGGAUCUGAUGCUUGGGCUUAUGAUCUUGGCAACUCUGGUGUUCACCACGUCAUUGCAUCUGGCGAGAACGUCAACAUGCUCAUUAUCGAUUCGACACCAUACUCCGAACGAGCAGCUGCCGAUGCCGCCCGAAGAAAGAAGGAUAUUGGACUUUACGCUAUGAACUACGGAAAUGCCUACGUCGCCUCCGUGGCCGUCUACAGCUCGUACACCCAAGUCCUGCAAGCAAUGAUCGAAGCAGACCAGUUCAAUGGCCCCUCGGUUGUCGUUGCCUACCUGCCAUACUUCAAGGAGGACGAUUCGCCUCUGACCGUUCUUCAAGAGACGAAGAAGGCUGUCGAUCUCGGAUACUGGCCGCUGUACAGAUGGAACCCGACCAACGAGGAGCGUGGCGAGCCCAACUUCUCAUUGGAUUCCGAGCGUAUCAAGAAGGAGCUCAAGGACUUCUUGGCACGUGACAACCACCUCACCCAACUGAUGAAGAAGCACCCCGAAUUCUCCCCCAGCUUGUCUGAGGAUUAUGGCUCUGAAGUCCGCGCCCUGCAAAAGAGAAAAGCCAAGGACGCCUACAACCAACUGCUUGAAGGUCUCUUUGGUGCGCCUUUGACAAUUCUCUUCGCCUCAGACAACGGAAACGCUGAGUCGCUUGCUAAGCGUCUCGGAAACAGAGGCAAGGCUCGGGGACUGAAGACGCUCGUUAUGGCUAUGGAAGAUUAUCCUCUUGAGGAUCUGCCAGGCGAGGAGAACAUCGUCUUUGUUACCUCCACCGCUGGUCAGGGAGAAUUCCCCCAGAACGGCCGUGCAUUCUGGGAUGCCAUUAAGGACAACACUGAGCUGGAUCUCGCCAACGUCAACUACUCUAUCUUCGGCCUUGGUGAUAGCCACUACUGGCCUCGCAAGGAGGACAAGCACUACUACAACAAGCCAGGAAAGGACCUCGACCGUGUCCUGGCCAACCUUGGUGGUAAGCGCCUUGCAGCUAUCGGGCUUGGUGAUGAUCAAGACCCAGACGGAUACCAGACUGGCUACCAGAACUGGGAGCCUCUCAUCUGGCAAGCUCUCGGUGUUGAUAAGGUUGAGGGUCUCCCAGAAGAGCCGGCGCCAAUCACCAACGAAGACAUCAAGCUUGCAUCCAACUUCCUUCGCGGCACGAUCAAGGAGGGUCUUGAGGACAAGACUACCGGUGCCAUCUCCGCUUCGGAUUCGCAGCUGACCAAGUUCCACGGCACCUACAUGCAAGAUGACCGUGAUCUCCGGGACGAGCGUAAAGCACAAGGUCUCGAACCCGCCUACUCCUUCAUGAUCCGAUGCAGACUGCCAGGUGGUGUCGCAACCCCUCAACAGUGGAUCCAGAUGGAUGAUGUCAGCAACAGCUUCGGUAACGAGACGAUGAAGCUGACCACCCGUCAAACAUUCCAGUUCCACGGUGUCGUCAAGGGCAAGCUCAAGGCGGCCAUGCGUGGUAUCAACAAGGCUUUGAUGACCACGAUCGCUGCUUGCGGUGAUGUCAACCGAAACGUCAUGUGCAGCAGUUUGCCAACAGCAUCAAAGCUUCACCGUGAGGUCUGGUCAUACGCAAAGAAGAUCUCCGAUCACCUCCUCCCUCAGACCACGGCGUAUCACGAGAUCUGGCUCAAGGAUGAUAACGACAACAAGACCCAGGUUGCCGGUGAUGCCGUUCAAGAUUACGAACCCUUGUAUGGCCCAACCUACCUGCCGAGAAAGUUCAAGAUCACCAUUGCCAUCCCACCCCACAACGAUACCGAUGUCUACGCACACGAUAUUGGUCUCAUCGCGAUCAAGGACAAGGAUGGUCAGUUGGCAGGGUUCAACGUCCUCGCUGGUGGAGGUAUGGGUGUCACCCACAACAACAAGAAGACGUACCCGCGAACCGGAAGCAUGUUCGGCUUUGUGACACCGGACCAAAUCCACACUGUCUGCGAGAAGAUCAUGCUUGUACAGCGUGACCACGGUGACCGCAAGAACCGCAAGCACGCUCGUCUAAAGUACACCAUCGACGACAUGGGCGUUGAUGUCUUCCGCGGCAAGGUCGAAGAGCUAUGGGGCAAGAAGUUCGAUAAGCCAAGACCAUUCAAGUUCGUCAGCAACAUCGACACCUUCGGAUGGCAGAAGGAUGAGAAUGGAUUGAACCACUUCACAUUCUUCAUCGAGAACGGUCGUAUUGAGGACACUGCCGAGUUCCCCAUGAAGACUGGUCUGCGUGAGAUUGCCAAGGUUCUCAAGGGCGAGUUCCGAUUGACUGGAAACCAGCACUUGAUCGCAAGCAACAUCACCGACGAGCAGGUGCCCCAGAUCAAGGAAUUGAUGGCCAAGUACAAGCUCGACAACCUCCAAUACUCGGGCCUGCGUCUCUCGUCGUCGUCUUGUGUUGCUUUCCCCACCUGUGGUCUUGCCAUGGCGGAGAGUGAGAGAUACCUGCCACAACUGAUCACCAAGCUCGAGGGCGUCAUUGAGGAGAACGGCAUGCGCCAGGAUUCCAUCGUCAUGCGUAUGACUGGAUGUCCCAACGGUUGCGCCCGACCUUGGUUGGCCGAGGUUGCCUUUGUUGGAAAGGCGUACGGUGCAUACAACAUGUACCUGGGUGGUGGUUACCACGGCCAACGUCUGAACAAGUUGUACAGGAGCAGCAUCAAGGAGGACGAGAUCUUGGCUAUCAUGAAGCCGUUACUGAAGCGGUACUCUUUGGAGCGUCUGGAGGGCGAGCAUUUUGGAGAUUUCUGCAUCCGCGCCGGUCUGAUCAAGGAGACGACCGAGGGCAAGACCUUCCAUGAUGAUGUUGCCGAGGAGGAGUCGGAUGAGGAAUAA